AUGGCACUCGAAACUUUUGGGCUCGCCGUGAACAUUCUUUCUCUGAUACAGUUCACCGGAAAGCUGACCGCAAUGGGUUACGACUACAUAGGGGGGGUAGCCCGGGCAUCGAAGGAUUGCAACGACCUUGUUUAUGAGCUCAGCUCACUCGCUAGGGUUCUCACAAACCUUCAGAGCCAUAUAGAAACAUCCGGGACUCAAACUUCAGCAAUCCAACAGCUCAACGAGGCAGGUGGGCCUAUCGAGAGUUGCACUAAGCAUCUCACGGAGCUUCGGGCAAAAUUGGGAACUAGAGAUGGACUCAAGGGAUUGAUAGACAGCCUAACAUGGCCUUUGAAAGAAGCGGAAACACUGCAGCAUAUUGCGAGGAUAGAACGAUAUAAAAGUGCGUUCGCCUUUGCAAUGAGCGUAGAUCAAUUAGCCCUCGCAAAAUCAAUUAAAGCGGAUAUCCGGUCUAUUGAUAAUGUUGUUCAGAGAACAGACAACGUUGCUCGGGAUAGCAGGCGUGUGGUCUAUGAAACAAAACAUGUUGCAAACAUCAUUGUUAGCACUACCCAGAGUACAAACACUGUCACUCAUGACACAAACGCCACACUGCAUAGUCUCCAGCAUAGGAUCAAAUCAGAUUCAGAAAUAAGGGAGGAGAGACUUUUAUUAGAGAAGCGCGAGAAGGCUCUGAAAUGGCUAUACCCGGAUGCAUUUGAUAACAGGCAUACGGAAAUUACCAAUAAGAGACAGAAGGACACAGGUGACUGGGUCCUUCAGCUCCCAGGUUUCCAGGGGUGGAUUAAGCAGGAUUCUAACUCCAAUAAGCUUUGUGCUUAUGGCAUACCGGGGGCUGGGAAAACAUUCAUAAGUUCCUUUGUGAUAGACCAUCUCGAGGCUCUUUCGCAGAAAGAGAGCUAUGCCGUUGCAUAUAUAUAUUUCGAUUACAAUGAACAAACUCGACAAACCCCCGAAAAUGUUUUUGCAAGCCUCAUAAAGCAACUUGCCUGCCGGCUGCCAUAUCUCCCCCUGAAAAUUGGGGAAUUGUAUGAUGAUCUUCACAUGAAAACCAAAAGACCCACGUUGGACGAUCUUUACACGACUCUCGAAGAGCUUCAAAGACAAUUUCCACGAAUAUUCCUCAUAUUCGACGCACUAGAUGAAUGUCACGAGGAAGAUCAACGAAAAGUAUUACUUCCUUUAUUUCAGCGCCUGGGAACGGAGAGUGGUAUAAAACUUUUUUUCACCAGUAGACCAUACCCGGAAGAUAUUAAGGAUAGUUUCCUUGAUGCAGAAAAAAUUGAAAUUUAUGCACAGGAAGGGGAUAUCAAGAAAUUCAUUGAAGAAAAGAUCAACGGAAAUCGAAGGGCACGGCGUCUUAUCGAGAAGAGCAAAUGCAAGGAAAGAAUUAUAAACCAACUUUGCAAAUGCGCAGAAGGAAUGUUCCUGCUCGUCCGAUUUCAUAUUGAAUACCUAUGUCAACAGACUUCCCCCAAUCAAAUCAUUGCAGCAAUCGACAAGAUAGAAACUUCUACCACGGGCAUGAAGCCUCUAAACCCGACAUAUGAUAGGGUCAUUCGAGAAAUUAACCGACAGAACAAAGAUGUUAUUGACUUGGCCCUAAGGGUUUUCUCGUGGUUGCUUAAAGCUAGAAGGGUUCUGACGGUCGAGGAAAUCAAAAUAGCCGUUUCAGUACAACCUGGCCGGUAUGAGCUUGAUGAACUGGAUUUACCCGAUAGGCCCACUUUACUCGAGGUCUGUGGUGGUUUGGUCACUAUCGAUGAGGAUACAGAUACUGUUCGGUUUGCGCAUUACACUGUUCAAGAGUUCCUUGUGGAGAAAUCUAUCGCCAUUGACACGGGGCCAAAUAUCGCUGUGACGUAG